UUCUAACGUCAAGUAAACAAGUGCUUCUUCUAAAAACAGAGAAUACAUUGUUAAGCAUUUUAAGUAUUUAUGAAAGCUUGAUAAUUAGACAUAAAAAUUAUUCUAUACAAGAUAGUUAUUUUUUCAAAUUGGAUUCUUAUGUAGAAAAACGAAACGAAAUCAACAAUUUACUCUAUUUUGUAGAAAGUAAAAUGUUAUGCAUAAGAUAUCCCUAUAAUUCAUAUAAGGGAAGGUUAUCAGAUGUUUUAGAAAGUUUAAAUACAAUUUUAGAAUACAGAUCGGAUAAAAAGAUCAUAUUCAUAAUACCAGAAAAUAAAAUAAAGGAAUUUAAUGAAAUCAAAAGAGUGUUUAAUAACAAAUGUUAUGAAGAAGCAACAGACCGCAAGUUCACAUUAAAUGACCUAACUGAAGAAUCACAGCAGAAGCUCUUGAAACAAGAAGUGAUAUUGCAAGGAGAAAAGAUUAGUUUGAACAAAUUAAUAGAUAAAUCAGAUAAAAAUUCAGAACAAAUAAUUGAUGCAAAAACAUUAGAGGGACUUAUUACUAAUAAUGUAAUCAAGAUAGGUAGUAGACCAUUAGGCACAGUUGGCUUAGAAGGAGCAUAUUCUAAUUUAGAUGAGGAAGUCAACAUGGAAACUUUCAUUGAUAAAUUAUUAUCAGAAGAAUCGAGUGAUAUUUACAUUAUUAGUGGAAUACCUAGCAUAUUUAGGGAGAACAAUUUAUUUGAAUACCUAGUAAAUGCAUUUAUGGAUAUUAGCAAAACAUCAAAAGUUAAUGAUUUCGAAAGUCGAAUCACAGUUUUGAAUCAAAACGAUAGAAUACAAAUAGCUAAUGAUCAAUUUAAAAUAGUUGAUUUUAAGCAUAUAUGUCAAAACAAUUGGGAAAGAAAAAUUUAUUGGAUUAAUCUAAAACAUGAAGGCAAUGUAACCAAAUUUAUGCUAAAGCAAAUUUAUGAUCCUGACUUUUGCUUGAAAGGUAAUAAAUUUCAUAAUGAAGUAGUUAUUGAGAAGAACAUACGGGAACUGUUAGCGAUAUCUAUUCCUUCUGAAAUAUUUAUUAUUGGUGGCAAAAGCAAAGAGGAGGUCAGAAGAUGGCUUGAAAUUAAUUCUGGUAAAGAACGACUACAUUUUACAAGAAAUUGCAAUAAUAAUUGGAUUAAGUUCCUAAAUUCUCAAGAUGAUAUGUCAGCUACUUUUCAAGAACUAGUUGCGCAAAAUCGCGGUCAAACGAUUCAUUUGCUGAAAUUUGAACAAGAUCAGCUUAUUUGGUAUAAAACUCAGGGUUCAUUAAUGAAUUUAAGCAAAUAUAGAGGUAAAAACCAUAGGAAUACUGAACAUUCAAUAGAAGCAGAUGCUUUAAUUACUGAAAUUAAAGAUGAUAAAGUGGUAAUUAUCGCUGGUAAUCCAGGAAUGGGCAAAUCUACUGCUUUGGUUAAGUUAUAUGAGUUACAGUAUGCAUUACAAUCUGGCACAAAAGAGUCGAUAAUUAAGUCACAUUGGUUGAUUACAGUCAAUCUAAAAAGUCAUUUAGCUGCAAUAAAUAAUAUUGAUUUUUAUGCAAAAGAUAUAGUAAAAGAGAUAACAAAUUUUUUAUUACAAGUUAAUAAAAGUAUAAGCGAUGGUUUUACCAGAAGUUUAUUAGGUAUGGCAUUAGUAAAACAGGAUUUUGCGAAGCCGUUAUUAAUAGUACUUGAUGGAUUUGAUGAACUUGUAAUUAAAAACGAUAGAGACAAAGUUAUGUCAUUAUUGAAACAUCUAAAAAAUGAAACUAAAGCUAAAGUUUGGAUUACUACUAGCCUCCUUUAUGAGCAGGCUUUAGCGAGUACAGUAUCAACAUUUGCUAUAAGGCUUGCCCCAAUUGGUGAUGAAAUAUUAAGCAAAUUGAUUAAAAAGUAUUUGAAGAAUAAUCUAAGUCUCAUUUUAAGUCAUAAGGAGUUCCAAAGUAUCUUUGGUAAUAGUGACGAAAUAAUAGAAAAUACGAGGAUGCAAGAAUACACCAAGGCAUUAUUAAAUAAAAUGCACGAAGUAUUUACAGAGGAUAUGUCUAAGCUCAUUGGAACACCAUUACAGCUCUAUUUAACGUUAGAAGGUUCUUCAAAAUAUUUUAAAGCGUGGACACGAAAUGUUAAUAGUCAGAGCCCAGAUUUUAGUUAUCUGGGUAAUAACAUGUUUGAAGUAUAUGAAAAAUUUCUUGAUAGAAAAUAUAUUUAUUUAAAAAAAGUUCGAGAACAAGUAGAACAGGAGAAAGAUAAAGUAACUUUUGAUAAUUAUUAUAAAACUCAAACUAAAUCUUCCAUUAUUACAUUAGCACGUGAACAAUCUUUAGAAAAAUUUAGAAGUAUUGAAUAUUUACAUCCAACUUAUGUAGACUAUUUUGCUGCUGUAUUAUGUUUACGUUCGAAAGGGAAUCUGCAAAAAUGUUUAUUAAAGGAGGUUUCAGGAAAUUCAGAAUAUCAAGUUUUACACACAUUUUUAAACAGUAGACUCCUAAAAGAAAAGAUGGUAAAUAUAGAUCUGCAAGAAGAAUAUUAUCGUAAUGUUUUAUUCGAAGCAGCUAACGAUUGUAAUUUAAGAAUCGUUCGUUUUGUGUUAGAUAACUUAGAUAAUUCGAGUAGCAUUCUUGCUGCUAAAAAUAAUAGUGGCAGAACAGUCUUGCAUGUAGCUGUUAUUUCUGGUAACUUGGAUAUAGUUAAAUUUCUGGUAGAUGAGAAAAAGGCCGAUUUUAAUGUUAAAGACAAUAAUGGCAUGACAGUUUUGUACACGGCUGCUGCAUUUGGUAAGUCAGAGAUUGUUAAAUAUCUGAUAGGUAAAGGCGCCGAUGUUGAUGCAAAGAACAACAUGAACAGAACAGUUUUGCACAUGGCUGCUACGAUGUGUAACUUAGAGAUUGUUAAACUUCUGAUAAGUAAAGGUGUCAAUGUUGAUGCAAAAGACGAUUGUGGUAUGACAGUUUUGUACAUGGCUGCUACUUCUGGUAACUUGGACGUAAUUAAAUUUCUGGUAAAUGAAAAAGGGGCCAAUAUUGAUGCUAAUGCCAAUCAUGGGAUGGAAAUGCUGCACGUAGCUACUACUUCUGGUAACUUGGACAUGAUUAAAUUUCUGAUGGAUGAAAAAGGGGUCAAUAUUAUGGCUAAAUGCAAUUCACUUUUGUACUUCUCUGCUGUUUCUGAUAACUUGGACAUAGUUAAAUAUCUGGUAAAUGAAAAAGAGGCUAAUGUUGAUAAUAAAAACGAAUGUGGCAUCCCAACUUUGCACGGGGCUGCUGUUUUUGGUAACUUGGACAUUAUGAAAUUUUUGAUAAAUGAGAAAAAGGCCGAUUUUAAUGCUAAAGAGAUUUGUGGCAGAUCAAUUUUGCAUACGGCUGCUGUUUCUGGUGACUUGGACAAGAUUAAAUUUCUGGUAAAUGAAAAAAAGCUCGACGUUAAUGCUAAAAACGAUAACGACGUGACAAUUUUGCACGUGGCUGUUCAGGCUAAUAACUUAAAUGUUGUAAAAUAUUUGAUAGAUGAGGGUGCCAAUGUUCACGCAAAAGACAGGCAUGAUGUAACAGUUUUGCACAUGGCUGCUAAGUCUGGUAAUUUAGAGAUUGUCAAAUAUCUGAUAGAUAAAGGUGCUAAUGUUGAUGCAAAAAAUAUCUUUGGUCUAACAAUUUUGCACAAUGCUGCCCAGUCUGGUAACGUGGAGUUGGUUAACUUCCUGAUAAAUGAACAAGAAUUCGAUUUUACUACUAAAGAGAAUAAGCGCAGCACAGUUUUGCACUCGGCUAUUUCGUCUGGUAACUUGGACAUGAUUAAAUUUCUCGUAAUUGAAAAAAAGGCCAAUGUUUAUACUGUAGACAAUCGUGGCAUGACAGUUUUGGAGGCGACUGUUCUUUCUGGUAAUUUGGACAUGGUUAAAUUUCUGAUAAAUAGAAGGAAGGUCUAUUAUCGAACUAAAGACAAUAAUGGCAGAACAGUUUUGCACGUGGCUGCUAUAUUUGGUAAAUUGGAGAUUGUUAAAUUUCUGAUAAAUGAAAAGAAUCUCAAUUUUAAUGAAAAAGACAAAAUAGGCUCAACAGUUUGGCACCUGGCUGCUUUAUCUUGUAACGUAGAGAUAGUUAAAUUUCUGCUAGAGAAAGGUGCCAAUGUUAAUGCAAAAGACAACUUUGGAGCCACAGCUUUGCAUAUCGUUGCUAGCUCUGGCGAUCUCAAAAUGGUAAAAUUUCUGGUAAAGGAAAAAAAUAUCAAUUUGAAUGCUAAAGACAAUAAUGACAUGACGAUUUUGCACGUGGCUUUUAGAUCUGAUAAUUUUGAUGUGAUUGAAUUUCUGAUAAAUGAGACAAAGGUCGAUUUUAAUGCUGUAGACAAUACUGGCAUGCCAAUUUUGCACCUGGCUGCUUUAUCUCAUAACAUAAAGAUGAUUAACUUUUUGUUAAAUAAAGGUGCCAAUGUUGAUGUAAAAAGCAACAUUGGCAUAACAGUUUUGCACAUCAUUGCUAGUUCAGGUAACUUCAAGCUUGUACAAUAUCUGGUAAAUGAAAAAAUGGCCGAUUUUAAUGCUAAGGACAAUACUAAUAGGACAAUUUUGCACGUGGCUGCUAGAUUUGGUAAUUUUGACGUGGUUAAAUUUCUGAUAAAUGAGAAAGGGGCCGAUUUUAAUGUUAUAGACAAUUAUGGCGCGACAAUUUUACACGCGGCUGCUACAACUUGUAACAUAGAGAUGAUUAAAUUUCUGAUAGAUAAAGGUGUUAAUGUUAAUGCAAAAGACGUCCAUGGCAUAACAUUUUUGCAGGUCGUUGCUAGCUAUGGUCACCUCGAGGUUUUAAAAUUUCUGGUAAAUGAAAAAGAGCUCGAUUCUAAUACUAAAGACUAUGCAGACGUGACAAUUUUGCACGCGGCUGCUACGUCUGGUAAUUUGGACAUGGUUAAAUUUCUGAUAAAUGAAAAAAAGGCCGAUUUCAAUGCUAUAGACCUGUUUGGCAGAACAGUUUUGCACAUGGCUGCUAAAUCUGGUAAUACGGAUCUGGUUACAUUUCUGGUAAAUGAGAAAAAGGCCGAUUUCAAUGCUAAAGACAAUUCUGGUGGCACAAUUUUGCACAGAGCUGUUGAGUCUCGUAACUUGAAUAUGGUUAAAUUUCUGAUAAAUGAAAAAAAGGCUAAUUUUGAUCCUAAUGGCAAUGAUUUUGUGAGAUUUUUUAACUUUCCUAAUCCACACGAAUAUGGUCAUAUAAUUGAUUUUUUGAAAGGUAUAGAAGCUAUAGAAUCCCCCCCUUGAAAAGCUUUAGUAUUAUUAGCUAGUUUGACAAGUAUUUGUAUGCUGAAUGAUAGUAUUAUGUACAUAGUUCUAUAUUUCAUACUCUCGUUAGGAGCAAGUUAUUGUGUGAGAAGGAAGAAGAAUCACACAAGCAAAAUGUUACAAAGACGAGAGAAUGGCAUGAAGUAAGAAAAUGUAAAUAUUUUUAAUGUAAGGCUGUAAUUACAAUAAAUUAAUGGUUUUAAGUGAUA